CUUUCCCCUUUUUUUUUAUUAUUAUUUUUUUAAAAUAAAAUGAAUAAAGGUAGCAAUAAAAGAAAAACUGAAGAUAACCUAGAAAAGACGUCUAGUAAAAAGCAAGUAACGCUUCUUUCUAUGUUUAAGCCUGUACCUGCAGCAACAAAUACCACUAAAAAAUCAACCGAGAAUGAUGCUAAUGAUGUUGAUGUACCUAAUACUAAACCUAAAGAUCCAAAAGCAUUGUUUAAAAAUGUUAAUGAAGAAACCCUAGAAUUGUUAGAUCUUGAAAUUAAAACUAUGAAUUAUGAGUGGUUGAAAGUAUUGUCGCCUGAGCUUGUUAAGCCUUACUUUCUAAAGUUGAAACGAUUUUUAAAUGCAGAAUUGGCGGCUAAAAAAGUUGUAUUUCCUCCCUCGCAUCAAAUUUAUAGUUGGUCUAAUUACACACCACCUUCAAAAGUUGAAGUAGUGAUUUUGGGUCAAGAUCCAUAUCACAAUUAUAAUCAGGCACAUGGUCUUUGCUUCUCUGUUGUUAAAGGCGUUAAAGUGCCACCUUCUCUAGUCAAUAUUUACAAAGCAAUAAAGAAUGAUUAUCCUGAUUUCAACAUUCCAGAUCACGGUUUCUUGGAGAAUUGGGCUAAACAAGGCGUUUUACUGUUAAAUACCAGUCUAAGUGUUGAAGCACAUAAGGCAGGAAGUCAUGCAAAUCAAGGUUGGGAGCAGUUUACAGAUGCCAUUAUCAAUUAUUUAAAUGAAAGAAAGACAAACUUAGUGUUUAUUCUAUGGGGAUCACAUGCACAAAAAAAGGGUGCCAAGAUUAAUAAAAAUAAACAUCUUAUUCUAAAAGGUGUCCAUCCUUCGCCACUUUCUGCUCAUAAAGGCUUCUUUGAAUGUAAACAUUUUAAGAAAGCAAACGAGUACUUGAUAGAACAUGGUAAAAGUGAAAUCAAUUGGAAUUGUUUAACGUAAAUUUAGCAUAGUACUUUGCGUGUAUAUAGUCAUUAAUGAAUAAAUUUGAGCAUCUUUAAAUAAAAUCUUCUAUAUUUGAAAGGCA